CUGCAAGAGAUGUACGCUGCAGGACGAAGAGAUGCUUGGCUUUUAGGUGAUAGUGCUUAUCCGUUGUUCCCAUAUUUGAUGACACCUAAGCUGAAUGAACCUGAAGGUACACCAUCAGCAAGAUACACGCAGUGUCAUGUCCGAGCUCGUUCUUGUGUGGAACGAUGCAUAGGUGUCUUAAAAGGGAGGUGGCGAUGCCUCAGAAAGGAGAGAGCUCUCCAUUAUACACCAGAAAUUGCAGCUCGAAUAGUUAAUGCUGCCAGCGUUUUGCAUAACAUCGCUAUUCGGUGGAGACUUCCAGAACCGGAGUUGUACUACGAUAAAAUAGAUCAGGAACUUCCAAGGAUAAAUGAAGAUGCAAUGGAAAAUGGGAAUGAAAUUUUUGUAAUUAAUCAUCAUGUUUGA